AUGGGCGGCGGAACCGGUCACGACCGGCCGUAUCGGUUCUCGUUCUAUUCGAACACGAUGAGCGGGACGAUCCACUCGCGCAGUCUCGCAGAGCUGCCCGCGGAGGGACAAACCUUCGAGGAGCUGUUCACCGGCGUAGCCAAUGUUUCGCCUCCGUCCGUCGUAGCGGACGACAAGAGCGUGCAGCCUAGCAGCGUGCCCGACAGCAUCGCCUCGCGUGUACUGUCGCAGGGAGGUGCAGCUACGCACAGCAGGGCAGGAAGUGGCACGCCCAACUUUGCAGGUCGCUCAGCCGCGCCGACUCCCGUGCCGGGCUAUUCGCGCGCGAACGGGAGCAGCUCCAAGACGGCGGUGCUAGAUGUGGGCGAGACAAACACCUGGUGGCUCGACGUCACGGCACCGACCGAGGAAGAGAUGAAGAUGCUGAGUCAGGUGUUCUCGAUUCAUCCUCUCACGACUGAGGAUAUCAUGAUGGAGGAGACCCGAGAGAAAAUCGAGCUUUUCCGGAAUUACUACCUAGUCUGUUUCCGCUCAUUCGAUCAAGAUCCGUACAGCGCUACGUAUCUUGAUCCAUUAAACAUGUAUAUCAUUGUUUUCCGCGAAGGCAUCCUCUCGUUUCAUUCUCGUCCAACGCCACAUCCCCAGAAUGUUCGGCGGCGGAUAAAGCAGUUGAAGGACUACAUCAGCGUCACCUCCGAUUGGAUUUCUUAUGCCCUCAUCGACGAUAUCACGGAUGCGUUUGGGCCGCUCAUCCAAAGCAUCGAGUACGAGGUUGAUAGCAUUGAUGAACUCGUGCUCAUCCUCAGAGAUGCCGAACAGACUGAUAUGUUAAAGAGGAUGGGCACUACCCGGAAAAAGGUCAUGGGUCUUUUGCGCCUCAUGGGCAACAAGGCCGACGUGGUGAAGGGUCUCGCCAAGCGCUGCAACGAGAACUGGCGGGUUGCGCCAACAUCCGAUAUCGGACUCUACCUCUCCGACAUCCAAGAUCAUUUGAUUACUAUGACGCAAAAUUUGAAUCACUACGAGAAGAUACUGUCACGCUCACACUCGAACUACCUCGCGCAGAUCUCGAUCGAGAUGACUGAUGCGAACAACCAGAUCAACGACGUCCUGUCCAAGAUGACCGCACUGGGUACCGUGCUCAUUCCCAUGAAUCUCGUGACCGGUCUUUGGGGCAUGAACGUUCGCGUACCUGGUCAGGACGCUCCUGGGUACACUUGGUUCGCAUCGAUAUUAGCCGGUCUAUGCGUGUUCGCGGCGCUUGGCGGAUACAUCACCUUCCGUUUGAUGCGGCGAUAG